GAGCUUCGUAGCCCUCCGUGCCUGGAGCUUCAGCUGCCAAUCCAAGCCCGCCUCACCUCCACUGCCCUCAACCCGCAACUGCCCCGCGACACAUCACGAUCUGCCGCUUUUCUUGCGACGAACCGCUCAAAACACCCCUCGAACAUACCGAAACCCAGAAUUCACUCACACUACCGGCAAGAUGUUUAUGGCAAGAUCGGAAUAUGACCGGGGUAUCAACACCUUCUCCCCCGAAGGCCGUCUCUUCCAAGUCGAAUACUCCCUCGAGGCUAUCAAGCUCGGCAGCACGGCCAUCGGCGUGGCGACGUCAGAAGGCGUGAUCCUGGGCGUGGAGAAGCGCGUGACGUCGACGCUGCUGGAGACGUCGUCGGUCGAGAAGAUUGUCGAGAUCGACCGGCACAUCGGGUGCGCCAUGUCGGGCCUGCAGGCGGACGCGCGGUCGAUGGUGGAGCACGCGCGGGUCGAGUGCCAGUCGCACGCCUUCAACUACAACGAGCAGCUCCGCGUCGAGUCGUGCACCCAGGCCAUCUGCGACUUGGCCCUGCGCUUCGGCGAGUCGGCCGACGGCGAGGAGAGCAUCAUGAGCCGGCCCUUCGGCGUCGCCCUGCUGAUCGCCGGCUACGACGAGGACGGGCCGUCGCUCUACCACGCCGAGCCCUCGGGCACCUUCUACCGCUACGACGCCAAGGCCAUCGGGAGCGGGAGCGAGGGCGCGCAGGCGGAGUUGCAGAAUGAAUAUCACAAGUCCCUCACCAUCGCAGACGCCGAGACGCUUGUGCUCAAGACGCUAAAGCAGGUCAUGGAGGAGAAGCUGGACUCCAAGAAUGUGCAACUGGCGAGCGUGACUAAGGAACGCGGCUUUAGAAUAUACACGGACGAGGAGAUGGCCGCUGUCGUGGAGCGGCUGCCGGCGAACUAAACUAGCCGAAGAAGAGCGGGGAAGAAAGGGAGGGAAGCCGGGAAAUGACAAGAGCUUCGGCUUCAUGACUUGACAUCACAGCGUGACGAUGUUGGGCAACUGAAGCAAGACGCUAUGGUGAUAAAUAACGAUG